GUUUCGUUUAAGAAGAGAGAAACCCACUCACAGUCACAGAGCAGCACCAAAAGUUGAGCAGCACAAAUUCUUAACAAAAAUAAAAUCGUAAAAAUAGAGUCUGAUCGUAAGAGGAAGAAGGAUUCGAUCUCCGUAGAUCGGAAAAGCAAAGAAAAGGAUCAAAAAGAAAAAGAAAACACUAAAAAACGGUCUAAAAUGUCGUCAUCGUCAUCGGCCAAUCAAGUUAGGGCUUCGCACAUACUUAUAAAGCACGAAGGUUCUAGAAGAAAGGCGUCGUGGAAAGAUCCAGAAGGCCGUGUUAUUAAGAAUACGACAAGAGAGGCUGCCGUUUCUCAGCUUAAAGCUUACCGCGAUGACAUUGUUUCUGGAAAAGCUAAGUUUGAGGAUAUCGCUUCUCGCUCCUCCGACUGUAGCUCAGCUAAACGCGGCGGCGAUCUCGGUCCAUUUGGGCGGGGGCAGAUGCAGAAACCUUUCGAAGAUACAACCUUUGGUCUUAAGGUUGGUGAGAUAAGUGACAUCGUGGAUACUGACAGUGGAGUGCACAUUAUCAAGAGAACUGGUUAAACAUAGAAGAAGAAGCAUUGGUUAUGUCCCAAUGACUUUUCGAUAUAUUUGGCAAAAAGAUUUGAGCCUCUUUGCUUUCAGGUCUUAUUGUUUGAGAUUUUGACUCAUUGUUCCCCGACACGGGACCAACUUGUGUGCUUGCCUUUCUGAUUGUUCUUCGACUGGCUGUAAUAAGAAGCUUUUACUAUAUAUCUGUUUUGUCCAUAA